AUGCCAUCGGGCUCUUGCGCUGUCUACUGGAUACCGUCGUCCGUCGCCCCCGCCGCAGCCGCGGCCCGUCGUUGUGUUCCGCCGCCGCCUCCCGCCGCCGCCGCCUUACCGGCACGCUUCCGCCGUCCCGGGCGCCGCGGCCCCGCCGCUUUGCUCGUCGCCGGCGGCCUAGUGCGUCUCCCGCUCGCUGCCGCCACCGUCGCCGCAGCCGCCGCGGCCGCCUCGCCCGCCGCCGGGCCGACCUGGUGGUGGCCUGCGGGGUGCGUCUUUUGCUUCGGAGGGCCGCAUGUCGUCAGGUGUUGGACGCCCGCGCCGUCUGCAGCCGCCUUCGCCCCGGCUCAGUUGCUCGCUGCGCCUUUUGCUCCCCGACCUGUGCACGCCACGGACAUGGAGACCAGAUUUGAUGCACAGGUAGAAGGGACCCGUCGAGUCGACCUGGAAAGCCAGGGCGGUAGGGAGACUGCUCGAGCUGCAGGCUCGCAGGGCUGGAAGGGCGGGCGUCCGCUGUCGCCCGCGCCGCUCUCACAGAAUGGGAGGCCCCAGGCGACGAAGGGCUCUUUCGCCCCACGCGGCGUUGCCGCCUUCGCUCCCCGCUCUCCCGCAGCGCCCCCUCCCCCCUCUCUCCGACUCCCCCACCAUCCUUUACUUCCCUGCGCCGGCCGCCGCCGCCGCCGCCCGGCGGAAACAGCUGGGCGGCUGCGGGUGCGGCCUUUGUCCGAGCUUGGCUGCGCAGCUGGGAAACACCUGUACGCCCUCGCCGCCGCCCCGCCGCCGCGCCCCGGCCAGAGAAGCCGAGGGGGUAGGAGCGGCGCAAUUCCGAGGAGUCCUCACGCGGCUGCGGCGGCGGCGGCGGCGCCCGCAUCUUUCUUCUCGGCGAACUCUCGAGGGGGCGUGGAGGCGAGGAGUGGGAUCGAUCACGGCGCCUGA